ACUUUUUAUAGUGAUGAAAUUGACACUUCAUCGGUAUGAAUAUGUGGUUUUGACGAAUGAACUAUCCAUUACAACCUUUGCAAGUAUCAACUAGGUUUUGCAGUAGGUGUAUGAGAAAUGCAACAAAGAGUCUGAGAAAAAGGUCAAAAAUCAUCAAAGUCUUCAGAACUUCACAUUAAGUAUAUUAUUCUAGAAUAAGACUUUACCACUGCCGUUCAAAGUAAAUCAUUUUUGAAGAACAGCUGUAACAGACUGGACAUAGGAUCAUUUCUUCACUGCUUAAUAUUCUUCAUAUUUUCUUAUUAGUUCAAAGCACUUUAGUGUUGGCUCAGUAGUUCAUGCUUCGCUGUAUUUUUUUAUUUAUUAUUUUUUUUGUCUACAAUCGGUCAAAUAAUUCCUAAGAUCUUUGUUUAUUCUGUCUUUGACGUCAUUUAUGCCAUAGAGAGAGACCUGUUUGCGCGAGGAGUGAGACCUGAUAUGGGAAAUAAACGAACGAUAAUUCAAGGCGUGUGCGUACCUGCCAAACCUGAAAUGUGUAUGCUGGGCUCAACAGCCCUUAGAGCAGGAAGGAUCAGAUUGAGCUAAAUGAACAAACCACACGGUGGAGGAUUCUUCCUCUCAUUGGGUCGGGGAGCGAUGCUUCGCUGGGUCGUGCUUGCUUUGUUCAUCAGCCUCUGUGCCAUUGCUGAGGCACAGAAUAAAAAAAAGGUGAAGACUGCGACUGCGCCCCUGUCAAGAGGAUGGGGGAAAAAUAUAAAAUGGGUCAAAAGUUAUGAAGAGGGCCUGUCAGAAAGUGCCAAGAGUCAGAAACCACUGAUGGUCAUUCAUCAUCUAGACAACUGCCCACACAGUAAAGCUCUGAAGGAGGCAUUUGUUGCUGAUAAAUCCAUCCAGAAAAUGGCCAAAGAUGACUUCAUCAUGCUUAACGUGGUGGAGGAAAUUGGGGACAAGCAUCUGGCUCCUGAUGGCUAUUAUGUUCCCAGAAUCCUCUUUGUUGAUCCAUCUCAGGCUGUGCGCGCAGAUAUUGUGGGGAAAUACGGAGAGCGUCUCUACACCUACAGCCCAGAUGAGAUGGAGCUCUUGGCAGCAAACAUGAAGAAAGUCAAACUCCUGCUGCACAGUGAACUCUGACGCAGCUCCGCUUCUACCAGGUUGCUCCUGCAGAAAGACCAGCACUGAACUGUUACACGGUCUUAUAGAGCUCACUUAAACCAACAUUAAAGAGAAGCAAGUGUUAUUUUAUUCAUGCAUUUGUAAUAUUUCUGUUGCUGUUCUGCAGUAGUGCUUUUUUAUGUCGAGAAAUGGCUGCAUACCUCAGAAAAAAGUGGAAAAACAACUUCAAAUGUCAAGUUCUUUGCAAUGUGUUGUUGUGUCUUAACCACAUUGAAAUAAAUGCAAUUUCAAUGAAAAG